AUGUGGGUCCACGAGCCAGGGGGAAGGCGCUCGGGAGCUGCAGCUCUGCUGCUGCUGUGCCUCUCCCUAGCUGCAGGCGCUGCAGCAGCGGCGGAGGCGCAGCCGCUACCAGCAGCAGCAGCAGCAGCAGCAGAUGCAGCAGCAGCAGCUGCUGCAGCUGCAGAGGCAGCAGCAGCAGGACUCCCCGUCGCGGCGCUGCCUCCCGAGCAGCCCGGCCCAGGCGUGCACACCGCCGUCGACGAGCAGCAGCAGCAGCAGCAGCAGCUGCUGCAGCAGCAGCAGCAGCAGCAGCAGCCCCACGCGGUCUUCUCGUUGCUGUGGAUGACAGAUAUUCACGAAGACCCUCUCUAUGACCCUGCUGCUCCUGUCUCCCAUUCUUGCCGCCGCCACAAGAUGGCAGGGGGGCCCCCCUUCCACAAGGGGGCCCCCCUUUGGUUUAGGGGCCCCCCCUUCUUCGGGGGCCCCCCACACCGCCAUUGGGGGCCCCCCCCGGGCCUCCCCUGGCGGCCCCACCAUCUCCCCAUUUACCGGGGCCCCUGGGGGCCCCCCAGGGGCCCCAGGGGCCCCAGGGGCCCCAGGGACCCCAGGGGCCCCCCCGGCCGCCCUUGGGGGCCCCCCUUCCCCCGCAGGGGCCCCCCUCACGGCCCUAUGGGGCCCCCUCACCACCAUUGGGGCCCCUCUCACGGCCCCAGGGGCCCCCCCCGUGGCCCCAGGGGCCCCCCCCAUGACCCUUUGGUACCCCCGCACCCCCCUAGGGGCCCCCCACGUGGCCCUGGGGGCCCCCACCAUGGCCCCAAGGGGCCCCCUCGUGACCCUAGGGGCCCCCCACAUCACCCCAAGGGGCCCCCGCAUCACCCCGAGGGGCCCCCACACCACCCUGGGGGGCCCCCACACCACCCUGGGGGGCCCCCACACCGCCCUGGGGGGCCCCCACACCACCCUGGGGGGCCCCCACAUCACCAUGGGCCCCCCCCGCAUGGCCCCAGAGGGCCCCCUCCAGGCCAUGAGGGCCCCCAUCCAGACCCUAGGGGCCCCCCCCCAGGCCCGAGGGGCCCCCCUGAAGGCCCUGGGGGCCCCCCUGAAGGCCCUAGGGGCCCCCCUGAAGGCCCUAGGGGCCCCCCUGAAGGCCCUAGGGGCCCCCCUGAAGACUCUAGCAGCUCUUCCGCCGGGCCUGUGGCAUUUGCUGGGCGCCGGCUGAUGAAUCUGUUCCAUUCAGAGGACUCGGAGCAGCAGCAGCAGCAGCAGCAGCAGCAGCAGCAGCAGCGGCAGCUGCUGCAGCAGCGGAGGCGGUGGAUUCCGCGGCCCGCUUUGUGGAGAAGUCGAAUGACAGCAGCAGCAGCAGCAGCAGCAGCAGCAGCAGCAGCAGCAGCAAUGCCAGCAGCAGAAACAGACCCAGAGCUAGGCCGAGCUGGCUGCGACUCUCCUCCGGCCCUUGUGAAAAAGGCCCUGCAGUUUGCUGCUUCCCUUGCCUACCCAGAAGGUGCUGCAGCAGCAGCUGCUGCUGAAGAUGUGGGGUACCCUUUGCCUCGAGUUGCUGCUUUGCUGCUAACUGGGGACUAUGCUGCGCACUACCCAGACUUUCAGAUUGAAAACAGGGUUUGCUGCUGCUGCUGCUGCUGCUGCUGCUGCUGCUGCCGUUUUUGCUGCUGCUGCUGCUGCACUUGCUGCUGGAGUUGCUUUUGCUGCUCCUGCGGGUGCCCGUGCUGCCGCUGGCUGCGUCGCUUGUUGCUGUUCCUGCUGGUUAGCGGUGCUGCUGCUGCUGCUGCCUCUGCUGCUGCUGCUGCUGUUGCUGCUGCCUCUGCUGCUGCUGCUGCUGUUGCUGCUGCCGCUGCUGCUGUUGCUGCUUCGUUUUUGCGGGGCCUUUACUAUUCGGCGACUUUGCGCGAACAGCCAGGAGUUAGGGUUUUGUGUUUAAACACCGUUUUGUAUUCUGUAGCAGCUCGGGAGCUGAUUAGCAGCAGAAGACGCUUCAGCAGCAGCAGCAGCAGCAGCAGCAGCAGCAGCAGCAGCUGCAGGAGGCACUCGCGGUGCAGGCGCAGGAAGCAGCGGGGCCCCACAGCGGCCGCAGCAGCUGCAGCAAAAGAGACACCGGAAGAUGAGCUGCUGGAGGCCCUCGAGGAGACAGAAACGAAAGAAGCAAAAGAGACAACAGACACAGACACAGCAGCAGCAGCAGCAGCAGCAGCAGCAAGUUCCCAAACAGAGACCGAAGCAGACUCCCUGCUGCAGCAGGAGACCGAAGCAGCCCCUUCAGCGGAGGCAGCAGCAGAAGACGCCCAAGACGCAGCAGAAGAGGACGAGAAAGACCCAGCGGGCCAGUUCGCGUGGAUGCGCCGCCAGCUGCAGGAGGCCAGAGCGAAGGGGCAGCAGCAGGUGGUGAUUGCUGGACAUGUCCCCCCUGGCUUUGACUCUCAUUUGGGCCUCGGCUUUUCGCAAAUGCGACUCUGGGUUUCAAAAUACACCGAACUCUACCGGGCGCUGGUCUCGGAGUUCGCGGAUGUCAUAAUAACGCAGGCUUUCGGGCACAUCCAUUUUGGCCGCGUGAAGGCCCUGGUACCCCCUGGGGCCUCGGGGGCCCCCCCCCCCAGUGGGGGGGCCCCCGGGGGCCCCACAGACCCUCUGGGGGCCCCCCAGCAGCCCUCAGACCCUCUGGGGGCCCCCGCGCCCUCCACAGCCAUUCUGGGGGCCCCCGCGCUGUCCCCUAUUCACGGCAACAACCCCGCAGUUGCUGCUCUAGUCUACAGAGCUGCUGCAGCAGAAGAGAGGGGCCCCCAGGGGGGCCCCCUGCUGCUGCAGGACUAUGUGCAGUACAACCUGCCCCUGUACGGCUUCGUGGGGCGGGCCUCCCGGGGCCCCCCGGGGGGCCCCCACGGGGGCCCCCGAGAGCCCCGGCCGAACUUCUCGUUUGAGUUCAGCCUGCAGGAAACCUUUGGGCCCUUCUUGGGGCCCCGGAAGUGGCUGUGGCGUCCGGCGCUCUCGCGGCGCGGGGGGCCCCCCCGGGGGGCCCCCAGGGGGGCCCCCCGGGGGGCCCCCGGGGGGGCCCCCGGGGCCCCCGGGAGGGUGGAUGGGGCCCUUGCUGCUGCUCUCGGGGCUGCUGUGAGAAGGUCCCCCAUGGUCUUUGCUCUCUAUGAAUGGCAUGCAGCAGCAGGGGGCCUCAGGGCCCCCAGCCGGGUGCGCAGCUGCGAGAUGUUGGCUUUGUCGCAGCAGGAACUGGAGGCCUGCUUGGGCGCGGAACCCUAA